AUGGCAGGUUUUAGCAAUAGCUUCGCAUUCGUCAUGACGACAACAAUAUAUAGCUCUCUGGUCGCUGAGAUUUCUGAUGGCAUCGUCGCUGCUGCCGGGCCAUUGCAUGGAGAGCAGAUUAAAUGGCGGGACGAAAGCUUUCUGCGGAUUCAGUCUCCCCAGAGAGGUCCAGUUCCGCCGUCUCAGCCUUCCCCUUGCGGCCACACACUCGGCGGAAUCGGCCACUGUCCAUUGACCGAAAUGAACUACGCCGGCGGACAUAAAGUAUUUAUACUAGCUAGGAAUCGAAUCAGUAUAUCAGUCAUGGCAGGAUUAACCAGUUUUGUCAUGGCGACAACGAUAGCUCUGGUGCUGCUUGCUGAUGCCUUUCAUGGUGUCGCUGCUGCGCGGACAUUUCGCUGGGAUGAUGAAAGGUUUCUAAAAAUCGAGUCUCUCCAGCGAGGCCCCGUCCCGCCGUCGAGAGCUUCCGGUUGCGGCCACACUCCUCGUCCCGGAGAAACCGGACGCUGCCCCUUGGACGAAAUGAACUACUCCGGCGGCGGGCGCUUCCGGAGUCGCCGUGCACCGUCACCGCCGCUGCCGGAUCAUGCGGUGGCGCCGUCUCCUGCCAAGUCGUCAAAUGGUGGCGAUUUCUCGGCCUGA